CCCUGGGUCACCACGGAGAGCUGAAGUCACUUUUCGGUCAACCUCUAAAGACUCAAUGUUGUCUGAGGAAGAAGCCCUGAAGAGGAGGGAGAGGAAAGAAAAGGAGUCAGAAAUGGCUCUUUCUCAGGAACAGUUGACCUUCAAGGACGUGGCCAUAGAAUUCUCUCAGGAGGAGUGGGAAUGCCUGGACCCUGCUCAGAGGGCCUUGUACAGGGACGUGAUGUUGGAGACCUACAGGAACCUGGUCUCUCUGGAUAUCUGUCAUAUAUAUGUGAUGAAGAAAUUACAACCUAAAGUGAACAGUGAUGGAGGAGAAGUAUUCCAAACAGUGAUGUUGGAAACACGUCAAAGCCGUGAAAUAAGAGAUUUUUACUUCAAGGAAAUCCAGGAAAAUAUGCAUGACUUUGAGUAUCAGUGGAGAGAUGAUGAAAGAAAUGGCAAAGGAAUGCCUAUAACCUGUAAAGAAAAUCUCACUUAUAAAAGAAAUCAACCUUGGAAAAGGGAUGCAGGAAACAAGCCUGUUGAAAAUAGGCUUGGAUCAAGCUUUCGAGAUAAACUGCUGAUAUAUCAAACUGAAGGGAAAAUUUAUGAAUGUAAUCAAGCUGUGAAGUUUACCAACAGUAGAGGCUCAUUUUCAAUACUUGAAAGAAUUCCUCCUAGUGUCCAGGCCAACAUUUCUAAUAUGUAUGGGAAUGAUCUUAUCCAUCUUUCAGUACUAACACAGGAACAGAAAGCAUACAAGGGAAAACCUUACAAAUGUGGUCAGUUUGGCAAAAUGUUUCGUCAGGGCUCAUACCUCACUAGACAUCAGAUAAUCCACACAGGAGAGAAAUCAUACAAAUGUGAUAUAUGUGGCAAAGUCUUUAGUCGAAGUUCACACCUUGCAAGUCAUCGGAAAAUUCAUACUGGAGAGAAGCCUUACAAAUGUAAUGAGUGUGGCAAGCUCUUUAGUCAAAAAGCACACCUUGGAAAUCAUCAGCGAAUUCAUAGUGGAGAGAAACCUUACAAAUGUAAUGAGUGUGGCAGAGCCUUUACUCUUCGCUCAAAUCUCAUCAGACAUCAGAAAAUUCAUACAGGAAAGAAAUUAUAUAGAUGUGAUAUAUGUGGCAAAGUCUUUAGUCGAAAUUCACACUUUGCAAGUCAUCAGAGACUUCAUACUGGAGAGAAACCUUACAAAUGCAGUGAGUGUGGCAAGGUCUUUAGUCAGAAGUCACAUCUUACAAGACAUCAGAGAAUUCAUAGUGGAGAGAAACCUUACAAAUGUAAUGAGUGUGGCAAAACCUUUAAUUUUCGCUCAAACCUCAUUAAACAUCAGAAAAUUCAUAUAGGAAAGAAAUUAUAUAAAUGUGAUGUAUGUGGCAAAGUCUUUAUUAGAAAUUCACACUUUGCAAGUCAUCAGACACUUCAUACUGGAGAGAAACCUUACAAAUGCAAUGAGUGUGGCAAGGUCUUUAGUCAAAAUGCACAUCUUACAAGACAUCAGAGAAUUCAUAGUGGAGAGAAACCUUACACGUGUAAUGAGUGUGGUAAAGCUUUUAGCCAAAGUUCAAGCCUGGUUGACCAUCAGAAAAGUCAUUCUGGAGAGAAACCAUAUAAGUGUUUUGAAUGUGGCAAGGCCUUUAAGCAAUGGUAUUACAUCAAGAUUCACCGAAGAAUUCACACUGGAGAGAAACCAUACAAAUGUGAUGUGUGUGGCAAGGCCUUUAUUGCUCUUUCAAGCCUAACUAAUCAUCAGGUAAUCCAUACUGGAGAGAGACCUUACCAAUGUAAUGAAUGUGGGAAGGCAUUUAGGCAACAGUCUGAAAUCAGGAUUCACCAAAGAAUUCAUGAUGCAGAGAACCCUUUCAAGUGUAAUGAAUGUGGGAAAGCCUUUACUCAGCGUUCAACUCUCACUACACAUCAGAUAAUCCAUAAAAGAGAGAAACCAUAUAAAUGUGAUGUAUGUGGAAAGGUCUUUAGUCAAAUAUCACACUUUAAAAUCCACCAGAGAAUUCAUUCUGGGGAGAAGCCAUACAAGUGUCAUGAGUGUGACAAAGCCUUUAUUGUGCGUUCGAGCCUCACUUCCCAUCAGGUAAUCCAUACAGGAGAGACAGCACAUAAAUGUGACGUUUGUGGCAAGGGCUUCAGUCAAAAUUCACACCUCGUGACUCACCGUAGAGUUAUACUGGAGAGAAACCUUACAAAUGUAAUGUGUGCAGCAAAGCAUUUAGUGUGCGAUCAGGCUUAACUUCCCAUCAGGUAAUCCAUACAGGAGAGAAACCACAUAAAUGUAAUGUAUGUGGCAAGGGCUUCAGACAGACUUAUCACCUAGUGAAUCAU